AUGAGUGCGGCUCCGGGCACGCGGGGGCCGGUGUGCGCGGUGGAGUCCCCGCCGGCCCCGCCCUUGCGGCCCCUGUUCAGACACGUGCGGUACGAGAACCUCGUGGCGGGUCUGAGUGGCGGCGUCGUCUCCACCCUGGUGCUGCAUCCGCUGGACCUGGUGAAGAUCCGCUUCGCAGUGAGUGACGGGUUGGAAUUGAGACCAAAAUACAAUGGGAUUCUACACUGUUUGACCACUGUCUGGAAGCAUGAAGGACUACGUGGCCUGUACAAAGGGGUAACUCCAAACAUUUGGGGUGCAGGUGCCUCCUGGGGACUCUACUUUUUCUUCUAUAAUGCCAUCAAAGCCUAUAAGGAGGAAAGAAAGCUAGAAAGUCUUGGUGCAACGGAGCACCUAGUGUCAGCUGCUGAGGCCGGAGUCAUGACCCUCUGUAUCACAAACCCAAUAUGGGUAACGAAGACGCGGCUUGUGUUACAGUAUGAUGCUGGCAUUGAUUCAUCAAAGCGCCAGUACAAAGGAAUGUUUGAUGCUCUUAUAAAGAUAUACAAGCUGGAGGGUAUACGUGGCUUAUACAAGGGGUUUGUGCCUGGUCUGUUUGGAACUUCACAUGGAGCACUUCAGUUCAUGGCAUAUGAAGAUCUGAAAUUGAGAUACAAUAAACAUAGAAACAGACUAUUGGAUACAAAAUUGACUGCUUUAGAAUACAUUACCAUGGCAGCACUAUCCAAAAUAUUUGCUGUGUCAGCAACAUACCCAUAUCAAGUAGUGCGAGCUCGUCUUCAGGAUCAACACAAUAGGUACUCUGGAAUGGUUGAUGUUAUUCGCAGGACGUGGAGGAAAGAAGGAGUUCAUGGAUUUUACAAAGGAAUCAUCCCCAAUGUGAUCAGAGUGACUCCUGCCUGCUGUAUCACCUUUGUAGUGUAUGAAAAUGUAUCUAAUUUUUUGCUUAAUUUUAGAAAAGAGAACCAUUAAAUUAAAGCUAGGAAUUUGCAUCCAAA